AAACUUGUUACGUACAAUCUUUUAUACACAUGUUACAUUUAUUCAUUAUUUGAGUGUUUUCUCGAAACAUGGUAGAGAGUGCACAUCGUGCAUCGAAGCGUUGGAUCCAAACAUCGACUGGAGCUAUGGAUACAGUUCAAAAUGCACUAGAUGCGCAAGUUGACCUUCAAAUUAAUGAAUUGAAGGUGGAAAACGAAAGCAGUAGAACAGCCAGGAUGUACAGUACUUCACUGUCGUGCUUCGGUGCUUUGGUAUGUAACGUAUCACAAAAAGCACUGGACCUGUUGGAUAAAGAGUACGAAAAGUUGGAAAAGAAUCCGGAUAGUUGCAACUGUUACCUAAGCCGAACCCACGGACUCCCGUGUGCGUGUAUGAUUGCAGUUAAAAUUGCUGAGGGAGAUACUUUUUAUCCGCAACAGUUACAUCCAUUCUGGAGAACGUUGGCUGUCGAGCCGAAGUCGGAUCCAUGGGAGGACGAGGAGGAACCGUUUGAUCGCACAGUUGCAAUUAAGAAAGUUCUUCUCGAUGAGUUCGAGAAGUUAUCAAACAAAGAUUACAUGUCCCUAAAAAAUGCGGCCGACUAUUUACGGGACCUAAAUAAUCCUUCUUCAACGCAUUUACAAGAGCCGUCAUUUGUGAAGGCCAAGGGACGACCUAAGAAUAACUCGAUGAAGAGGAACUUGUCCGGAUAUGAGCACAUGAUGAAUCGGAAAUCCGAAGUUAAAUCUUCUUCGGGCUCUAAGGGUCGCAAAACCCCGACCGAAAGGACGCCAGAGUCAAAAUUUAAAGCUGGUACGCCAGAGUCAAAGGUUAAAGGUCGUCCUCGCGGACGUACUAAAUCGACGGAAGAAUCAGUUGUUACUGCCGGGGACCGGGUCAAUUUCUUUUCCUUCCUUCCUCCGUUUCUCGCACAGUCCGUAGCCUCAUAUGUUAAUGUGAGGGCCGAUGGAAAUUGUGGCUACCGGUGCAUAGCCGAAGUUGUUUACGGCAGUCAAGAGAGAUGGCCACAAGUCAGAACUGACUUGGUUGAGGAGUUUAUGGAGCGUUACAAUCUAUAUGCUACUAUUUUUGGUGGGGAUGAGGGGGGUCGAAAUACAGUCGCUGAUUAUAUCUUGACAUGCAGUCAUGGUGCGUCCGCUCGAUGUACCACUUCAUGUACUCCUCGGCAACUGUUUCCGGCGGCCAGGCUUCAGGGUAUUGCGACAGGUCAAUGAAGUUGGCGUACUCGUUCUGCCACAAGCCGCCAGGAGCGUGGAAAGUGACUUUGUAUCCCGCGCCAAAUAAGCCGCGGUUAUGUGGCAAGUUCGAUUCAAUUAUCGGGAAAGGAAUAGUCUGGACUCUUCCAAACUGCCGCAACGCUCGGUCGGGCAUGUACGGCUCCACUAUAUCCAUGAACUGUAUCGUGCCGUAAUACAUGCUCCGAGGAUGCAAGUAAUGUGCACCGGUACCAUACGGGGUCCAACAAACCUAAGCAUAUUUU